GCUGCUGAGCUCUGUGAACAGACAGCUUUGGGAUCUUUUCUUAACUGCUGAGUAGUUAAUGUUUCUUCAUUUUAAAUUUUAUUUUUUAUGUUGGGUUUUCUCUUUUUUAAAUCGAAGGCAUGGAUCAGUGCUGGUACCAUGGAAGCAUCACUCGUUCAAAAGCUGAGGACUUACUUUCUAAAGUAGGCAAGGAUGGAAGUUUUCUCGUCAGGGCCAGUGAAUCUAUCUCUUCAGCUUACGCCCUCUGUUUGCUAGGAAAGAAGACAUUGCAGCAGGCUAAGAAAAUUACUAUCAGAUUCAAUCACUUCAAUUACAAGCGAUUAUUGACACAGCAAGAAUGUAGAGAAUGUAAUGGUUCUUUGCAGUGGUUAUUAACACAUUAUUUGCCUACUCCACCUGUAUUACCUCCACGCAGCAUAUCAGUUCCAGUAAGUGAAACAAAGGAAGAGCUUUUAUCCAAUGAUAAUAUCCAGAUGGCAGAAAUUAGCAAACCACCUCUUUCUGAAACCUUGCUUCAGCGAUUACAGCAGCACGAUACCAGCAAUGUUCCAGAAGAGCAUCUCAAACUUAUCCAAGAUUAUUUGAGAGUUCAUAUAACUAAUGAUAUUGAAAAUGUACAACUGGGCUCGUGGAAUCUCCCUCAGCUGAAGAAACUACUUACAGGACUCUGCAAAGGACUCUUCAAUGAGUUGUCUCGGACGUUACCUUCUCUGGAAUCUAUACAGAUGGUGUUUGAUCAACUUUCCCCGGGUACCCAUCGACAUUCUCAGCCAUCGUUUGAUGUCAAUCGUACAAAAUUGGUUCAAUUGACAAGUUUGCUUUCUUCCCUAGAGGAUAAGGUGAAAAGAGUAUUGAUUGAGGGGCCUGAUCCAACACAUCGACGUUCACUUAUCCCUCCUGUUACCUUUGAGGUGAAAGCAGAUUGCCUUGGGAUUUCUUCCAAGAUUCAUCUUAAAGUUGAUGUUGAGAUGGGAAAACUUAUUAUUAAGAAAGCUAAGGAUGGUCCUGAAGAUAAAUUCUACACCCACAAAAAAAUCCUACAGCUCAUCAAGUCUCAGAAGUUUCCUAACAAGCUGGUCAUUGUACUAGAGACAGAAAAAGAAAAAGCACAAAGGAAAGAAUAUGUCUUUGCUGAUUCUAAGAAAAGAGAAGGCUUCUGCCAGCUUCUACAGCAAAUGAAGAACAAACAUUCGGAACAAUCAGAGCCUGACAUGAUCACUGUCUUCAUUGGGACCUGGAAUAUGGGUGAUGCUCCUCCACCAAAGAAGAUCAGUUCCUGGUUUCUCUCCAAGGGACAGGGUAAGACCCGUGAUGAGACAGCUGACUAUAUUCCACAUGACAUAUAUGUGAUUGGAACACAGGAAGACUCCUUGGGGGAAAAAGAAUGGCAAGAGAUUCUAAGGCAUUCCUUACAGGAGAUUACCAGUAUCAGCUUCAAAGUGAUAGCAACCCAUACUCUCUGGAACAUCAGGACUGUUGUACUGGCGAAACCCGAACAUGAAAAUCGCAUAAGUCACCUCUGUGUGGAUACUGUAAAGACUGGAAUUGCAAACAGGCUGGGCAACAAAGGAGCUGUGGGGGUAUCAUUCAUGUUUAAUGGAACCUCCUUUGGGUUUGUGAACAGCCAUUUGACUUCAGGAAGUGAGAAGAAACAGAGGAGAAAUCAGAACUACAUGAGUAUUCUUCGCUUUAUGUCGGUGGGAGGCAAGAAUUUGGGUCCAUUUAACAUCACUCAUCGUUUUACUCAUUUCUUCUGGCUGGGAGAUCUGAAUUAUCGCUUAGAAUUAUCCCCAAUGGAAGCAGAAAAUAUCAUUCAGAAAAUCAAGCAGCAGCAGUAUACAGAACUGCUUAAUUUUGACCAGCUCCUCAUUGAAAAGAAGGAUCAGAAGGUAUUUCUGCAGUUAGAGGAGGAAGAAAUAACAUUUGCCCCAACCUAUCGCUUUGAAAGAAACACUCGGGAGAAUUAUGUCUACACCAAGCAGAAAGCCACAGGGAUGAAGUACAAUUUGCCAUCCUGGUGUGAUCGAGUACUCUGGAAAUCAUAUCCCUUGGUGCAUGUGGUGUGCCAGUCUUAUGGAUGCACAACUGACAUCAUGACAAGCGAUCAUAGUCCUGUUUUUGCUACAUUUGAAGUUGCUGUCACAUCUCAGUUUGUUUCUAAGAAUGACGAUAAGUACACAGACUCUCUAGGACAGAUUGAAUUUCUCCAUUGCAGUGCUGUCCUCAAGACAAAGUCUCAGACUAAAUUUUACAUUGAAUUUUACUCCAGCUGCCUAGAAAGCUUUGUAAAGAGUCAAGAGGGAGAAAAUGAGGAAGGAAACGAAGGGGAACUGGUGGUAAAAUUUGUCGAAGCCCUUCCUAAGCUAACUCCAAUUAUUUCGGACCCAGAAUAUCUGCUAGACCAACACAUUUUGAUUUGCAUUAAAUCUUCAGACAGUGAUGAAUCCUACGGUGAAGGCUGUAUCGCACUUCGAAGUGGAGCUGCAGAAUCCCAAGUCCCUAUUCAAACUGUGUUAACACACCAUGGAGAAAAGACAGGGAUCUUCCAAGGUCAAUUCAAGCUACAGACAUCCCAAGGGAAACAGAGAGAAAAAUUAUAUGAUUUUGUGAAAAUUGAACGAGAUGAAACUGCUGGACAAAAAUCAAUCAGAGGCUUGAGCUGUAUAGACCAUGCCAAAGAAUGGGAACAAAUCAACAAGGUUACUAUUUCUAGCAGGAGGCCCACUCAUUUGGUAGCCAAAGAAGCAGCCGCCAUUGCUCGGUUUCGUGGAACUGCAGUAACUCUUGAUGAGCCUUGCAGAGAUGAUAUUGGACGGAACACAGUGCCCCCAGAGAUCAACACUGGCACCUACUUACGGAUGGCUUCUGCCUCUCAACCAUUCACUACAACAACCCAGUUUAAGCAGAUCCCUUCACCAGAUCAACAACCUACCCUUUGGAAUUACGAUCCACAGCCAAAAGAUAAUACUCCACUAUUGGGAUUAGAAUCUCCUACUACACCUUCCACUCUGUCUCCUGUAUCUCCAAGACUUUCUGCUCCUUUUGCAACUAAUCAAAAAGAUCAACUGUACAGUGAGGUGAGGAAAAGCAUGAUAGAACCAUUGCUGCAAGAUGAAGCAUAUUCAAAACCAGAAAUGUUUGAUAAUCCUCUCUAUGACUUCACAAAAUCCAAGGACAAGCUUCCAAUUAAGAGAGAACAGGAGUUGUUUAAGGUCUCCCGGAAAGAACUCCCAACCAUUCCUGAUCAAAACUUUCCUUUUACCAAGCUACAAGAGACCGAUGGCAACAAACCUUGCAAGCAACAAUCUUCCCCACCUUUCUUUCUCCCCACACAUAGAUUUCGUUCUUAUACCUGUUCUAAUCAAUCUGAGGAAAACAGUUCAGUGAAGGAAAAGAUUCAAAACAAGCAGAAGCCUUGUUCCAAUUUAGAUCCUUCUCUGCCAACUUUCAAGAAUCCCAUUAAAUUAACAAGAUCUGAAGUAGUGCAGAAUAAACCACCACUUCCAUCUAAAAGCCAGGUGGUGCUUGAUAUGCAGCACAUCAAGGGCCGAGAUUAUCGAGAAAGCUCAGAACUUCCAUCUCAAAGGAAACACCAAAAUGAGGAUGGGACUUUUGGCAGAGCAGCUGUGCCGUGAAAGAAACUAUCACUGAUGAAAAACCCAGAUGAAUCCUGAAAAGAAAUAGCACGAACAUUUCUCAGAAUAUCCUUUGACUAGGUACACAAGCCGUUGAAUGUUUAAAGAAGAAUAAAUCUUUCUGCCUUUCUCGUUAUGGAAGUACACAUUAUGAAACAUAAGGUAAAAUUAAUUAAGACCAAAAUUGAUUUCAAAAGACUGAGAUGAAUGAGUGCUAUAAAGCUUAAAACUGUCAAUUCCUUCAAGGGCAAGAAAGUUGUGAAGAAUUAUGGGAUUUGGAAAUUAUAUGAGUUGGAUGCAUGUGAAGGUAUUAUUCAGAUUACUAUGGU